UACAUAAAACAUCUCCGUCUAAACCUAUUUGCAGCCAUUGUGAAUUCUCCUCCUCCCUUCAUUCAGCUAUUAGUUAUUGCCAAUUAUUGAUUCAUGAUAUAUAAACAAUAAAAGUCUAAAAAACAUGUCACGGAUAUGCGUGAAGAAUUUGCCAAGAUAUGUAUCAGAGGACCGCCUUAGAGAAUUCUUCUCCCUAAAAGGCGAAAUUACUGACGUCAAGCUCAUGCGCACCAGAGAUGGGAAGAGCAGGCAGUUUGGAUUUGUGGGGUACAGGACAGAGCAAGAAGCGGAGGAAGCCAUUAAGUAUUUUGACAAGUCUUUCAUGGAUACUCGCAGAAUUACUUGCGAGAUUGCUUGGAAAGUUGGAGAUCCAGAAAUCCCCCGUCCAUGGAGUCGAUAUUCAUUGAAGAAACAGGAGAGUUCAUCGGUAGAGGAAAAGAUAGUAACUGGUAGUAAAUGUUCUAAAGUUACAACAGCAAAAGGAGAGAUCAAGAAGGGUAAGAAGGAUGAUGGGAACGACGACCCUAAAUUUCAAGAAUUUCUUCAGGUCAUGCAGCCUCGUAUCAAGUCAAAAUUGUGGGCAAAUGAUGCCCCUGUAGCUCCCUCUCUUGAGCAAGAUAAAGAAGCUAGUAACAAGAAACGCCAAGUAAAAGGUAGUCAUGGGAAACUGGAUGAACUGAGCGUUGAGUUUAAGGGGACUAGGGUAAGAAAAAAUAUAUUGUCAGAGAAUCAAGAGGCUGUAAAAGUAGACAGUUCAGUACACAAUGAAGUUGUAUCUGAUAUGGAUUACUUCAGGAGUAGAGUUAAAAAACAGUGGUCAGAUUCAGAAAGUAUGGACGAUGAUGGUGGUAAUUCUGAUGUUGACAAUGAUAGUUACAGAAGUGAUAAGACUCUGAACAGAAACAACCGUAGUACUGCUGGGGAUACACUCAAACAUGACGUUUCAGAGGUAGAAGAUGAAGAUGGCUCCUUCGAAAAAUAUAGUAACAAAAUAUUCAACUCGGCUCUCCCAUCAUCAAGUAUAAAAGAUAAAGAAGGAAACAUUGAGACUGGCUGUCUUUUCGUCUGUAAUCUGCCUUACACUGCUACUGAAGAGGAGUUGGAAGAGCACUUCAGCAAAUUUGGUGAUACCUCACAGGUCCAUCUUGUCGUUGAUAAAGAUACAAAACAUUUCAAGGGCAGUGCUUAUGUUUUUUAUCUUCUUCCAGAAUCUGCUGCUAGGGCCUUAGAAAAGUUGAACUAUUCAAGUUUUCAAGGGAGAUUAUUGCAUAUCAGGCGUCCAAAAAAGAAGAAUCCUUCAGAUAAGCAAGAAAUCAAUAAAUCUACCCAACAAUUGUCAAAGACUUUCAAACAACAGAGAAAUGAGGAAAGGAAGGCAUCUGAAACUAGUGGAAAUAUGCGAGGAUGGAAUAGUUUUUUCAUGCGAACUGACACAGUUGUUGAAAACAUUGCACGGAAAUUUGGUGUUAGUAAAAGUGAGUUACUAGAUAGAGAAGCUGAUGAUCCUGCUGUGCGAGUUGCAUUGGGAGAAACUAAAGUGAUUGCAGAGACGAAGAAAGCUCUUUCAAAUGCUGGAAUCAAUGUUGCCUUAUUAGAGUCUGCCUCCUGGAAAACUGAUGGUUUAGAUAGAAGCAGUCGUGUUAUCUUGGUGAAGAACUUGCCUUAUGGUUCAUCUAAAUGUGAACUGGCUGAUACGUUCAGGAAAUUUGGCAAUUUGGAGAAAGUCAUUCUACCUCCCACAAAAACCUUGGCUUUGGUUAUCUUCGUUGAACCAGCUGAUGCAUUUGCCUCUUUUAAAGGAUUACAUUGCAUGUGUUACAAGGGUGCUCUACUAUAUUUGGAAUUGGUACCUGACUAUGUUCUAAGUCAAAAUCCCAUCUCAGUGGAUGAUUCAAAUGGUAAUGUUAUUGUGGAUGAACUCGACUCCAAAGUUUUGCUAGAUCAACAAGUGGAAGAUAUAACAGAUGUGGAUGUUGAUCCUGAUAGAAUUGAGUCCCGCACAUUGCAUGUGAAGAACCUGAAUUUCAAAACGUCAGACGAGAACUUGAAAAGGCAUUUCACAGAGCGCAUGAAGGAAGGAAGAAUACUAAGUGUCAGGAUAAACAAGCAUCCCAAAAAUGGAAAGAACAUUUCAAGAGGUUUUGGUUUCAUAGAGUUCGAUUCUGUUGAUACAGCAGUAAAAAUUCUCAGGGAUCUGCAGAAAACUGAUUUGGAUGGGCAUGCCGUCACAUUGAAACUUUGUCAUGCUAAAAUCGAUGAACAUCAGCAUAAAAAAGUUGACAGCGACAAGAGUUCAACGAAAUUGAUCAUAAGGAAUGUAGCUUUCAAAGCAACUAAAAAGGAUCUUAGACAACUGUUUAGUCCAUUUGGCCAGAUAAAGAGUUUAAGGUUGCCAAAGAGGCUUGGCAACUGCAACCACAAAGGUUUUGCUUUUGUAGAGUGUGUUACGAAGCAAGAAGUUCAGAAUGCCCUUCAAGCUCUUUCAAAUACCCAUUUGUAUGGUCGUCAUCUGGUUCUUGAGAGAGCCAAAGAAGGUGAGAGCUUAGAGGAAUUGCGUGCACGAAUAGCUGCCCAGUUCAGUGAUCCGCUUAAGUUAUCGAAAAAGAGGAAGCACAUGACUGUAUUGGAGGAAGGAAAUGUUAAAUUUAAACGAAUUGCUUAUUAGUAUUUUAACUUGUUCCGUAGAAUGCAAACAGACGAUAAUAUAGCCCUUGUUUGAGCCCCAUUUUGGAUGGAAAAAUGAAUUCUUUAA